AGAGACAAGUGUACGUUGCGCCAAUAUAAAUAACUGGCAAACCUAAAGAACCUGAGUGAUUAUUUAUUCGCAAAGUUGUCAAAAUGUACGGUACAACACUUUUUGUUUGUGUCAUUGCUGCAUUCGCUUUCGUUAUUGUUGAAGGAAGAUCCGUUUCAUCGGACGUGCCUGCUGAAGGAAAAUGCGAACCUGGAAAAUCGUACAAAGUGGACUGUAACACCUGCGUUUGUGGUGACUCUGGCGUUCUAGCUUGCACUCUCGCACUUUGUUUAGACAAACGGUCAGCAGCUUCAGAUGAACUAAAAGAACCAUGCACUAAUGGCACACAUAAAGUUAUAGGAGACGGUUGUAACUAUUGUUCUUGUACUCCCGAGCUAAAAUGGGCGUGUAUUGAUGGAGACAUUAACAAAUGUGUUAAAGGCACACAAAAAACAAAAAGAGAUGCUGAAUGUGCUUAUGGAGAGACGAAACAUAUAGAUUGUAAUUCUUGUUCUUGUACAAAAAAUGGUUAUUGGGCUUGUACAAGAAUGGCUUGUAUCAGCGGCGGUCUUAAUGAUGCUUCUUCUGGCGAAACAGGAGGAGUUUACAGGGUUUAGAUGUAACCUAAGUCAAAAUGUACGAAAACUAUUAAAAUAUGUUGACGUAUAAUAAAUUAUUGUAAUUUAAUAGUA